AUGCCCUCGCCAAAUGAAAAUACUUUUAAGCACGUUGAACAAGAUUUCUGGCGGAAAUGGAAUACACCAAACUGUAUGGAUAGUAUGGAUGGCAAACAUGUGCUCAUAAAAGAACCAAAAAACAGCAGAUUGUACGUCAAUUACAAAUUCAUUGUUGUAGAUAUGGACUCUAAUGGCAAAGAACGUGGCAGCCGUAUUUUUCAAAAAUUCGAGAUGGGGAAAAAGAUUGCCAAGAACAACUUUAAUUUCCCUGUAUCUAAAUGCCUUCCAAACAGUGAUAUUUUAUGGAGCACUUCAUACCAGGUGAUGAAGCAUUUGCACUGA